AUGAGGUCAUUUUGCAAGAGUAUACUACUUGGAGGGGCAGUGUUGGGAACGGUGAAUGCGCAAUCAACCACAGAGAAUUAUACGAUAUGUAACUGGGCCCGAUUACGAGCUGGUGUGGUAAGAGAUGCGCUCUACCUUGAUGGCGGUGAGCUAUGGUGGCAGACUGCCUUCGUUGAUGGCACGACACCGGUGGUCAGCAGUGAUGGGAACGUGGCCGGGGAUAUGUUUCGACUGAAUUUCUCGCAACCCUUCGAUACUGCAACAACAAAUCUAUCUGCUUUGUUCUCGCGAAUGCCAAAGGCAGGAGGAGCAGGAAACAACAUUGCCCCUAAUUAUAUCGAUGGGACUAUGUUCGUCAAUGACGAUGAGCUUUACUUAUACGGUGGCCUUGCUCCUUUGACAGACUCAUCAUCGCCGCAGAGUGCAGAUGCUGUCCUAGGCUACGAAGCUGAUCAAUAUGGUACAUAUCGAUCAAGUUGGACCCCAGGAUUCUACCAGGGGACCCUCCCAGACGGUGUGACCAGGUACAUCACUAACGGUGCCGGCGUGUCUGCUCCAAGUGAGAACUUGGGCUUCUAUUUCAGUGGUAUGCGCUCGCCGGAUUGGGGACCGAUCUACUAUGAAGACUCUUCAGCAAAUGUGACGGCAAACACACUCAUCGAAAUCGAUAUGUCGGUCAUGAGGAGCGAGAAGUGGACGAACACUACAAUUCCAGAUAAUAUCCCCCUCCGCGCAAAUGCCGAACUCGUUUGGAUUCCAGUUUCAGGCAGCGGAGUUCUCGUCGCGAUAGGAGGCGCCGCCCAACCAGAGGAAAUCUGGGCAUCGGGAUUGAACACGACACAGACCUCAGAAGAUGAGUCCCAGGAUCCGGGUUUCAUGACAUCUCUGCCUGUCUACGACAUCAAUUCGACGACCUGGUAUCUGCAAAAUACUACCGGCACUGGUCCGGGCGCGCUGACGGAGUUCUGCUCGGUCGUCGCUGCAGCCAACGACUCUUCCUCGUAUAACGUGUACAUCUAUGGCGGAUACGAUGGUCUCAACGCAGAUGAUGAGCCGUCCGACGACGUCUGGAUCCUUUCAAUCCCUUCGUUCACAUGGGUCAAGGGUUACAGCGGGACUACUUCCCACGGUCGUUCCGGCCACCGUUGUGUGAUGCCUUAUCCCGACCAAAUGUUUGUGGUAGGCGGUAUCCAUCAGAACCAGGCGGAGUGCGUCGCUGGAGGUAUCAUCCAAGUCUUCAACCUGAACACACUCGAGUUCCAGGACACGUAUGACCCCAACACCUGGUCCGAGUAUAAGGUACCCGAUGUUGUCUCGAAGGUCAUCGGUGGCACCACUUCUGGUGGUUCUACGCAAACUGCCACCUGGUCCGACAGCGCGCUCAGUGGCAUCUUUUCCACAAAAUACGCACGAGCAAUCACUUCAUACUACCCCUACCCAUCCGUCAGCUCGACCAACAGCAGUUCAUCUUCUUCAAACAGCACUACAUCAAGUGGCAGUGGAUCCAGCAGUAAAAGUGGCGGUGGUGGAGGUGUCAGCAAAGGCGCCAUCAUCGGCAUCGCCAUCGCGGCAGCUCUUAUCUUACUACUCAUCCUACUCCUACUAUUCCUCCUCGUUCGCCGCCGCCGCAGAGUCCGCAGCAGCGCAUCCGAGAAAUCCAGCGCUUCCAGCAACAGCCGCAUCACACGCUGGAUCAACGGCGCCUCGUGCGCCCCGACAAUGAAACAAACCUCCCCAGCAUCCUCCGGCGGCGAGGUCCAACAAGUCAGCCACACUUCAAUGGAAGACGACCCAACACCACCCUUGAACGCCAAGCGUCACGAAAUGGCCGGCACCGAACGACCCAAGCCACCCUACGAACUUGCCACGCCCUACAACAACGACGGUCAGCCGCGACACUCAGCUGUUCAGGAUUACGGGUACUCUGCCGGUUACGGACACACGUACUCCAACACGCAAUCCAGCUCGUCGGGCGAAGAGUACCGUCCUUCACCCAUGACAAGCUAUAACGGCAACGGAAACGGCACUUCUCCGCUACGCACAGUACGUUUUCCGCCAGGCAAUAACGCUCACACACCCGCUCAAGAGGUGUCCACACCAAGCGAGCCAAGUACUCAAAGUGAGUACAGCACAACAAGCACCGCCACGAACGAGACCCCGCCCUGGCCACUUACCCCCGCGCAGAACACAUGGCGCAACAACCGCGGCCAAAGUCUACGGUUCGGCAACCACGACAGAGAAGGUAGUGAGAGCAGCAGCGUGCAACCGAUCAUGGAAGAACCGGAAGAACACGCUGGUGCCCGUCACGGAACGACGCACGCUGAGGGCACAGGUGGUCAGCGCUUUUCGUAUCAGCACACGAAUGAGAGUGCGAGUAGUGGUGUGGGCACAUUGCCUUCGCCGGGCGGUGACGGAGAGGACCACAGACAGAGUCUGUAUGAUCGGAUGGUGAGUCCUGUCAGUCCGACCGUCGGACGAAACCAGUGGAGGCAGUGA